AUGUCACUCGCACACACAGCUGCAGAGUACAUGCUAUCAGAUGCCCUGCUGCCUGACCGUAGGGGACCCCGCCUCAAAGGACUGCACCUGGAACUUCCCCUGGACCGCAUGGUCAAGUUCAUAGCUGUGGGCUUCCCCUUGUUGCUGAUGUCCCUAGCAUUUGCCCAGGAGUUCUCUUCCGGGCCCCCCAUCCGAUGCUUCUCUCCCAGUAACUUCAGCAUCCGGCAGGCCGCCUACGUGGACGGUUCCUGCUGGGACUCACUUAUUCACCACGAACAGGAUGAGCUUGGCCAGAACAAGAUGAAAUCCCUGUGGCCUCAUAAGGCCCUGCCCUACUCCCUGCUGGCCUUGGCUGUGGUCAUGUACCUGCCUGUUCUGCUGUGGCAGUAUGCAGCCCAGCCGGCCCUCACCUCGGAUCUGCUCUUCAUCAUCAGCGAACUGGACAAAUCCUACAAUCGUUCCAUCCGCCUGGUGCAGCACAUGUUGAAGAUCCGGCAGAAAAGCUCAGACCCCCAUGUUUUCUGGGAUGAGCUGGAAAAGGCUCGGAAAGAACGAUACUUUGAAUUCCCCUUGCUAGAGCGGUACCUGGCCUGUAAGCAGCGCUCACAUUGCCUGGUGGCCACCUACCUCCUGAGGAACUCCCUCCUGCUCCUCUUCACCUCAGCCAUCUACCUGUACCUUGGCCACUUCCACCUGGAUGUCUUCUUCCAAGAGGAAUUCAGCUGUUCCAUCAAGACAGGCCUCCUAAGUGAUGAGACUCACGUGCCCCAGCUGAUCACAUGCAGGCUGACCUCUCUGUCCAUUUUGCAAAUUGUUAGUCUCUCCAGUUUAACAAUAUACACCCUAUUGGUUCCAGUGAUAAUAUACAACCUCACACGACUAUGUCGGUGGGACAAACGGCUCCUAUCCAUCUAUGAGAUGCUGCCAGCUUUCGAUCUCCUCAGCAGAAAGAUGCUGGGAUGCCCCAUCAAUGAUCUCAAUGUGAUCCUCCUUUUCCUCCGAGCCAACAUCUCUGAACUCAACUCGUUUAGUUGGUUGAGUGUCUUAUGUGUUUUGAAGGACACGACCACCCAGAAGCACAACAUUGACACAGUGGUCGAUUUCAUGACAUUAUUGGCUGGCUUAGAACCCACAAAACCUAAACAUCUCACCCAAAGGGUGUGUGAUGAAAACCCCUAGUUAAGAAACUGUGGAGCAAGAAAUUUUAUGGAAAGUAAAAAUCUCUCUCCUUCUUCACAAGCCUCACACACUAAGGUACAAAAAUACCCGCUUUAGAAAUGCUAAGUGUGGAUUCAGCUGAAUCACAUCCUGUAUCAUGUUUUCCUAAAGGUGAGAAGAUAAAAUCAACGCAUGAAAACAAAUCUGAAAGUUAGAGCUGAAGAGUCAAAGAACUAAAAAAUUAGAUCUAGAGCCUUCUAUGAGGAUAGGGGGAAAAAAAACACCUAAAACUCAGCUGAAGUCUAGACAUUCUACAGGGAAAGAAGGUGCUAAAGGCUAUU